AUGAAGUUCAGCGGCAUUGUCUCUCUUCUCUGCCUCGCCGUCGCCCCGGUCAUGGCGGAGGACACCGUCACCUCUCAGGCGACUACGACCAUCACCAAGACCUUGGUCCGUGUGAAUGCGGUCACUCCUACUCCGAGCUCCAGCGCGACCAUGAUGACCGUCUCAACUCCUCUGGUCUCGUCGACUCCGCUGGCGUCGGCCACUGGCACCUCGACACCGGUUUCAGCGUCUGCUUCGGCGACUCCCACCCACAACGGUGGUGCUGCGCUAAGCGCCGGUCUUCCUGCGGCAUUGAUCGCAGGAUCUGUUGCGCUGAUGGUGGGUGCUGCCCUGUAA